UCUCUCUCUCUCUCUCUCUCUCUCUCUCUCUCUCUCGAUUUGGUUGGUUUUUUCUUUCUGGGCUUGUAUUGGAUUUUCUCGGUGGAUCCAGUUGAAGCUAUAAAUUAUUUCAUCAUCUGUCGUUGCCCACUCUGGCUAGAUCUAAGCUUUGGUGUUUGCAUAUCACUUUCCUCUCUCGUUGGCCGUUGCCCACUUUAGCUAGAUCUGAGUUCGUAUUUAUAUAUUUGAGUUUCUGUGUGUAGAUCUAUAAAAAGUAAAGGAUUUCUGCAGUUGGGGCUACGAGCCUUUGUUAGGGAUGUGAGUUUUUGAUCCAUUAAUCUCUCUAGAUGUUGUUAUUGUGUUUAUUAAACUUUUUUUUUCUCUUCUUUUUGGUUUAGAUCUGGGCUACGGGCCGAUUGUGAAUCUAUCUUUCUCAGAUAGAUGUGGAGGUUUUCUUUUUCUUUAUUUUAGCAAUAUUGUAUCUGUUGUCUCAGAUGGGUUAUGGUUUUUGUUUGUUUUCCUGAUCUGGGUUUGUGGUGUUUUUCUGUGGUGGUGAAGCUUUCUAUGCAUAACAAGAUCGGAAAUAGAGGUUUGGUGUUUGUCACCAUGGGUUCACCUGAGGAGGAUCUUACGGCUCUCAAUAAUCUCGAAUCGUAUGAGUUAAGAGGGCCGCACUAUAAACUUGUGGCUUUCAAAUCCAAGAAAGAUGCUGAUGAAGCUCUUCUUGCUUUCCAAGGGAAGGAUUAUCAAACUGAUGCUGAAGAUGAUGGCCUGGAAGAUAUGUGGAAGGAGAUGAUGCUGUAGAUCCUCCAUCUGAAGAACAAGCAAGAGGAGGGGAAGAUUGUGAUCAUUCUUUUGUCUUGAAGGAUGAUCUUUUUUUCUUUUCCUUUUUAUCGGUUAAUGUAUUAGUUUAAUUAGUUGUGAUGUAUUAGUAUUUAUUUUAUUC